UUCAACGGACUCGGUAUAUGAUACCACACCGGCUAAUCGAGCUCAGAAUAUUCGAUCAGGACCUUGAACACAGAACAGGUGAACGAUGGUGCUUCAGAAGCUUUUAUACACUCUGAUAAACAAUGCUCAGCUGGUGGAGAAACUGGCCGAGUCCAGGCCCAUCAGACGUGCCGCUCAAAUCACCGCCUCCGUCAUCACCCGGGCGCAGAUCGCCGGACAGGACGCAUCCACCAAACUCCUAAAAUCAGACACGGUACGACAGAUCCGUGAGGAAACGGCAAAGGUACCGGGCAGCGCCAGAGACGCGGGUCAGAGAGCUGCACGGGUCCGGGACACUUUCAUCAGGGAGAUCAAAGAGCAUUCCCGACACAUCAAAGACAAAAAGUGAUACACACGCAGAUCAAAUAAGAGACGUUUAAUCUACACAGUUACCUCCAGUUCAUGGAUCUGUUCUGAUCACUGAGAAAUGAAUCUGAAUGGCUUAGAAUUAAUAAUUAGAUGUGAAAGUUUGUGCCUGGAUGAUUCCACUUUUCCCCAGUACAGUUUAAUACCCAUCAAAUCAAAUAAAAAUAAUUGGCAGGUUCAGUGUAUUGUAGUGAGGUUUGCUCCCGGUGUAUUGUUCACCAGAAAGUAUAGGGCAUUAGUCCUGGACACUAGGGUCUUUGAAAGAGUAUGCUUAUCAUAUGCUUGAGCGUCUAUGUUUUUAAUGAAAAUGGAAGUGGCAACCAAAGGAGUUACUUCUAAAUACAGUUCAAGUAAACAAUGGAUCUAUAAUGUAAAUAAAUAAAUCGAUAUAAUGAAA